AUGCCUCCAAAUCGGUGGGAGAAGACUAAAAGUAUCUCAAAAAAGGGCUUCGAUAAAGCAUGGGACACCGUCGACAAGCUCGGCGGCCCAGUCAACCGCUUAUCGCACAAGUUGGGCGCCGAAGCCUUCUGGCCUAUGACGAUCGACAAAGAAGCCGACAAAGCCGCACGAAUCCUGCGCAGCUUUUGCAGAGACGGCUUCUACGCUCCCGAUACCUCAUCCGGUACCGAUGAGAAUGGCAAGAUCAAUCGUCCCAAGGGCAAGCAGCGCGUUAUCCAGAAGAUCCCAACAGAAGUCCUCAAAAAUGCGAAGGGAAUCGCCAUCUUCACCACCAUGCGCACAGGUCUGUGGAUGAGUGGCUCGGGUGGCAGCGGCGUGCUGAUCGGUCGCCUCCCCGACACUGGCGAAUGGAGUCCGCCAUCGGGUAUAAUGUUACACACAGCCGGCAUAGGCUUCCUCGCUGGAGUUGACAUUUAUGACUGCGUGGUAAUUAUCAACACAUAUGAAGCGCUGGACGCAUUCAAGAAAUUCCGCUGCACGCUCGGCGGCGAGAUUAGCGCAGCUGCAGGACCUGUAGGUGUCGGUGGUGUUCUCGAAUCCGAGGUUCACAAACGUCGGGCACCGAUUUGGACAUAUAUGAAGAGCAAAGGGCUGUACGCAGGUGUCGCGGUAGACGGCACGAUCAUCAUCGAGCGAACCGACGAGAACGAGCGCUUUUACGGCGAGCGCAUAUCCGUCGACCAGAUUCUCUCCGGCAAAGUUCGACAUCCACCGCGCGAGCUCGACACCCUCAUGCAGACUUUGAAGGCCGCGCAGGGCGAUUCUGACAUUGAUGAGAGUCUCAUCCCGCCGGCGGGCGAAACACCUGGCGAUAUGGAACUGACGGAAGAUGGAAAACAUGCUUUCGGCGUACCGGCUCCGGAUGACCCCGAUCCGUAUGGAGUGAAGGCACUAGAAGCGGAGGGCCUUUUCAUCCGCGAGGCUGGCACAAAAACAAGACCGAGCCAUGAGACCUUUGAAUUUCGCCCCAACCUGGAUAGUCCGGUUUAUUCCACGUUCUCGCGGCGCAGCAUGGAUAGCUCGGCCCGUAAUAGCUGGCGUGCCAGUGUGCAGAGCUCCAAGAGCUAUUCUAGUGUCGACCGUGGCACGCAGACUGAUGACACCCCAGUAACUGAGCCCACGCCAGUGAGCCGUACGUCUUCCCCCAGCGAGAAGGAAUCGCCCACCGACCGUCCAUCGAGAAGUGUUUGGGACGAAACCGAAGACUCCGCUCAGUGGGAUACCAUUGCUAUCCACGGCAAUGAAGAGCACGUGAAGGUACGGCAAUUGGACGGCCAGGAGGCGGAGGAUACAAGAGCGAAAGCAAACGCCUGCGAAGAUAUGCAGGAUGAUCCAGAGCUAGAUGAUGAUGACGAUGAGCACUUUGAGGUUCACGAGGUUAGCAAUGCGAAGGUAACACCAAUGGAGAAUGGCCAGGCCCCACCGAAGGUGGAGGACCAGACGACAAACGGCGAAACUAAGCCUGCGUCGCCGAGCUUCACCCGGGCUCGUCUGGUCACCAUCCCGGCGCGUACCCCACCUACUUUGCCUCCGCGGCACCCACGCCACGUCUGGGGCUCUGGCUCAAGCCGUGCUUCAACAUCGCCUACGGCCCUCUCGCGUUCAAGCCGCAAUACCUCACGCACUGACGUCACUGAGUUGGCCGAGAAUCUCGAACAUGCGGACGAAACUCCACACGCGCCUCCUUCCCCACGGAAGGCUAAGUCAUCCCCUGCUAUUCCUGCCACGAGUGAUGAUGAAGAGUUUGUUGACACGAAAUCGGAGCCUCUGGCCGAGAGGGACGAGUUCCACUCUGUCAACGGCGAGUCUGAAAUCGAGGAUAACAUUAUUACUCUCGAAGACCACACUUCCACCGAGGGUGCUGAGGAGGAGAGCAAGAAAGAUAAAGACGAGAAGGAGCACCAGAAGGAAGAUAAGGAAGAUAAGGGACUCGAACCCGAGCAUUCUCCUCAACUUGAGAAGUCUCCCGAUGUCCCUAAGCUCGCACCCAAUAUCGAUGAUACCCCGGAGGUCGAAGAGACCCUCGACAAGAUUGAAGCAAAGCUUCAGGCUGAGAUUGACAAACCCGAAGGGCAGAAAUCCGAAAAGCCAUAUUCAAAAAUCAUUGACCGCGAAGAACACGAAGAGUCCCCUGGUGGGAGUAAACUCGAUACCACCUUGCCCCAUGCUAGGGCUGAGUGA